CAAACCAGCACGGAAAAUGAAGCAGAUUGAAGCCCAAGAAAGACGAGUGGCAGGGCUAAGAGCCCUAGCUGAUGCAGAAGACACCAAGUCUACCGGGAGAACGUCAUGGCCAUUCAGCUGCUUAUGGAGUCUUUGGAAGAGCCCAUUCUUCGAGUAGCAGUUCAAAGCAUAACAAUGAAGAGUUUGGAAAAGAAUCAGCACUCCAGAUUGAUGUAGUGGCUAUCGUCGACUCCCUUCAUGGCACAUCAUAUGAUCCACAGCAGGAAAAGAAUCUCUGGUUCCGGAAAGUGGUCCUUGAACCACCCCCAAUACCAGAAGUGGAAGCACACGAGCACCUCUAGCAUCCUUGUGCUUCAUGUUAUCUUCGGAUCGGGGAAGACAUCCCUUGCAUCUAACGUUGUAGGCUCAUUCAUGCAGGAACUUCCAGGACAAAAUGGCUCAGUGGCAGCACCCUUGACCUAUUUCUCUUGUGCGAGGAGUACGUUUGAGCCUAGUCGCUCUAAUCCCAAUGAAGUUAUGCGCAGCAUUGUACAACAGCUGGCAUUUGGUCGAAACAGUGAAAGAAAAGUCCAUGAAAUUGUGGUUACGGACUACGAGCGACGCCAGGCAGAGGCAGAAUUGAAUGGUAGUGAUAUUCCGAGACUAAGCGUGACUGAAUGCGUGGCAUUGAUCCUGGAUCUCACCAAUUUCAACCCUGCUACAAUCGUUAUAGACGCGUUGGACGAGAUUCAGGAGUCUCACCGGCACAAGUUGAUACAAGCCCUCGAUAAGAUAAUUAAAAGAUCCGCAAGCGUUGUUAAAGUUUUAAUGACCUGCCAAGAUCAGGUUGUCAGGCUAGAAUUCGUAUUUACGGGUGUGUUGGAGGAUGUCGUUACCCAUCGCCAGUUCGCGCAGGCCAAUGCACUUGACUGUGUAGUCACCAAUAGUAUAGGUCUGAUACAUAGAUUUCUGAAGAACACCACUCGAGGAUGUAAAUGACAAAACGAAGCGGUCA